CCUCCCUCCUCAGCCUGUGGAGGAGCCGUUAGAAAAUGGCCGCUGCGCCGAGCGGAGAGGAGAGACUGGAAGAAAAGUCAGAAGAUCAGGAUCUCCAAAAAGAUAAGCCGCCAAAACUAAGGAAAGUAAAAAAGGAUCCAAAGGAUGAUGAGGAGAAGCUUGAACAACCGCAUCCUUCAGCACAGCAAUCGGAAGACCCUGCAGGGACUGCGGAAGCAGAGGACAGUGCUGAUGAAUCCCUAACUGGCCCAGAAGCCUCUGCCUCUCCCAAGCAGAGGCGGUCUGUGAUUAGAGACAGAGGGCCAAUGUAUGACGAUCCAACUCUUCCGGAGGGCUGGACAAGGAAACUCAAACAAAGGAAAUCUGGCCGUUCAGCUGGGAAAUAUGACGUAUAUUUGAUCAAUCCAAAAGGGAAAGCUUUUCGUUCCAAAGUUGAACUUAUAGCAUACUUCCAAAAGGUCGGUGAUACAUCCCUUGAUCCAAAUGAUUUUGACUUUACAGUAACUGGGAGAGGGAGUCCAUCUCGAAGGGAACAGAAACAGCCGAAAAAACCCAAAGCUUCAAAACCUGCUGGUACAGGCAGAGGGAGAGGAAGACCCAAAGGGAGUGUCAAAUCAAAGAUAGCUGUAAAGUCCGAGGGUGUUCAGGUGAAACGGGUCAUAGAAGAGAGUCCUGGAAAACUGCUAGUCAAAAUGCCUUUCUCAGAAACUAAAGAGUCUGACGCAACCACUUCAGAACAGGUCUUGGUAAUCAAAAGGCCUGGACGUAAACGAAAAUCCGAGAUUGACCCACCGUCCGCCCCAAAAAAACGGGGACGCAAACCAGGCAGUGCCAGUGCUGCUGCUGCUGCAGCAGCAGCAGCAGCUGCUGCAGCAGCCGAAGCAGCAAGGAAAAAAGCAAUUAAAGAGUCUUCCAUCAAGCCUCUCCUAGAGACCGUAUUACCAAUAAAGAAACGUAAGACCCGGGAGACUGUAGAUGUUAAAGACACCGUGAUACCAGAGUAUGCUUCCUCUGUCUUAGACAAAAGCAGUAAAGGACAGAAACCUGCAAGAAGUCCAGAGAGCAAAAGCAAAGAGAGUAGUCCAAAAGGUAGAACUACCUUCCCAAAAAAAGAGCAGCAGCAUCAUCACCACCACCACCACCAUCACCACUCCGAAACUAAGGAACCCACAACCAACCCUGAGCCAGAGACUUCAAAGGACAGUGUAAACCCCCAGGAGCCGCAGGACUUAAGUGUCAAAGUUUGCAAAGAUGAGAAUCUGCCAGAAAGUGACGGAUGCGCCCAGGAGCCACCUAAAACACAGUCCAUUGACAAGUGCAAAAACCGAGGGGAAAGUGAGAGAAAAGACAUUGUUUCUUCGGCUGUACCGAGGCCGACCAGGGAGGAUCCUGUAGACACCAGAACGCCGGUGACUGAGAGAGUUAGCUGACUUUACGAAGAUUUUAAAAAACAAACAAAAAAAACGUUAAUAAUAAAGGCAGCUGUUGUCUCUUCUCCUUGUGGGCAGGGCUCUGACAAAGCUUCCCUAUACAUGAAGUAAAGAAAAGUCUAUUUUUUUCUCCACCUGUAGCUAGGAGUUUCGUAGCUUUGGGGUGGGAGUGAAUGUCGAAUGUGGAUCUUUUUAAUAACAACGAGCACAGUCAGUCAGGGGUGAAGACUUCUAACAGAGCCAGAAGCAGCUUUGCACUUUUUUUAUACUCAAUAGGCUCCUUUCAACAUGGCUUACUCUGCAUCAUACUACUGACCAAGGUGGGCUGUUUUCUCAACUUUUUAGGUAUGCCAACUAUAGCUUUGUUCCUGUCUGCAAAUUAAAACCCAGUGCCAUCACACAUGGGUCUUACACCACACCAAAACGGCAUAAUAUAUUUGAUAUAUAAAUUGCCUAUGAUAAAAUCAUAGUCGAUUUCACCCAGAUUAUAGUUUUGCCAAAUGAUUAUGUCCCAUGGACUGAGCCAGAGUUAAAGAGGGAGAAAAACAAAACAGCCUUUCUUAAUUUCCUGAGAUAUCUCAUCUAAUGGCUAAAGAAACAGCCCAUUGCCUUGAGUUUUCUUUUGAGAUUUUGCCCAGUCUUCUUAUUUACUCCACUUAGUUCACUAUGACACAUAGUGUAUUACCUCAAAGGCUAAUGUAUAUAUUUUGUUAUUUUUCUGACAGUUAGGUACGCACAUAGUCAUACUGAACUAAACGGGAUGGGGUCAUUUUAAAAAUAAUGAAUUGGAUUUUUCAAAGUAUUGAAACCAGUGUAGAAAGAUUGAAAUAUAUAUAAAUCUAUAUUUAAUUGUAUCCUAAUUGCUCAGAUUGUUUUUCAAGAACAGAGUAAUCAAUUUAAAAUUAUGAAUGUUAGUGCAAUAACGUACGUUACAUAGAAACGUAAAUGACAAACCAUUAAAGUAGAUUGGGUACUUUUGGUACUGCCAGAGUAGAUACAUAUGGUUUUCAAGCAUUUCAAGAGUCGCUAUAAGGGAAAUCAGUUUCAACAGUUCUUCCGGUUUAAUUUAUCUCAAGUAGGUUUACUUUUUUUUGGUUUUGUUUUUUAAUUAAUCAUUGUUGUAUUGGUUUUUUUUAUUUUAUUAUUUUGCAAAUAUUUUUUAUUAUAUAUAAACACACCUGAAAAUAUAAUUUUGGAAUACUGUAAUUAAAAUCAUGGAAGGAUCCAAAUGUAUUCAUUGACAGCACUGUGUUUAAACGCAAACAGUCAAAGGAAGCUGCAAAUCUCUUAAAGAGUUCUAGUGCAUUUUUUUUUCUUUUGCAGUUUCAUAAGGACUUCCACUUAGGAGUUAGUUUUUGUUUUGUUUUAGUAUAGGAACCAUAUUGCGCUCCCAAGUACCCAAGAACAAACCAUAGCACUUGCUUUAUAUGAGAUCUAAAUUCAAGAAAGCUGUUCUACAGUAAUAUGUGUGGGCCCCUUGCCCUUAUUAACUGAGUGAAUGUGAGAUUUGUGCUAGCUCUUGUCAUGUGAAGGCCUUUCUAAAGUGUUUUUGUUUUGGGUUUGUGUUUUUGAUUGUUUUGUUUUUUGUUUUUUUCCCUUGAAUCAAGAUACUUGUUAGUGAAGACGGUGUGAGUUUGCAUGUGUUUUACACUUCAAUCAAAGGCGUGCAGAACUCCUAGUAACAGUUACCUUCAAAUAUAUACAUAUAACUAUAUGUAUAUGCACACAUAUUUUGCGUUUCAGAUUAUAUAUGUAUAGUACAACAUUUAGCUAUAAAUAUAAACAGGUAUAUAAUGUUUAUCAUGUUUUCUUCAUGCUCAUUCCAAAGCAUAUUUAAAAUAUAA